UUGGCGCGGGCGGUGGCGCGGGCGGUUAAGCGGCAGGCAAAAGCGGCGCAAAAAGCUAGUGUAUAUGAAGAAGAGGAUUAUCUUUUGGCUUUGAUUUUAAAAGAGGAUUCUAAAAAUGAACAAAAAUGCAAAGAAGAACUGGAAAAAUAUUGUAAGGCAUUAAAAGAUUCAAAUCUGAAUAAAGAAGAAAUACAUGAAAAAUUAAAAGAUCUAUGCAAAAAUGAUGCCCCAGAAAGAACGUGCAAAGAAUUGAAAACUAAAGUUCAAAAUAAAUGUAAUAAACUCGUAACAAAACUUGAUGGUAUAUUGAAAAAGCCAAAUUCAGGGUUGACGGAUGGAGAUUGUAAAGAGAAUGAACAAGAAUGUCUAUUCUUGGAGGGAGCAUGUCCUAGUGAUCUUACAGAGAAUUGUAACAAACUAAGGAAUCUAUGUUACCAAAGAAAGCGUGACAAAGUAGCAAAAGAAGUUCUUUUGAGGGCACAUCGUAGUAAUCUCAAUGAAACAGAUAUAUGCAAAAAAAAACUUAAAGAAGUUUGCCCGGAAUUAGAGAGAGAAAGUGAUGAGUUGAUGGAAUUAUGUCUCAAUCAGAAAAAAACAUGCAAUGAUCUUGUAGCUGAAGGAAAAAACAAGUGUGAUGCUCUCAAAAAAGAUGUUCAAGGAGUGCUCGAUGAAAAAAACAAAUUGGAAGAAAAAUGUUUGUUAUUACUUAAACAAUGUUAUUUUUACGUUGCAAACUGUGAGGAAAAAGAUAUGAUUAAAUGCAUUGAGUUAGAAGAAAAAUGUUAUGAAAAAAAUAUUGUUUAUAUACCACCAGGACCUGAUUUUGAUCCAACUAAACCUGAGCCUCCAAUAAUAGAGGAAAUAGGGCUUGAAGAGCUUUAUAAAGAAGCAGGAGAAGAAGGGGUUCUUAUUGAGAAACCAAUAACAGCAGAUACGACUUCUCUUUUAUCAUUGUUGACUGAAAAUGUUAAUAAAGGAAAGAUUAAAGAAAAAUGUGAUGAAUUACUUGAACGUAAAUGCAAAGAUCCAGAAAAGCACAACAUUUUUGAGGAUUUAUGCGGAAAAGGUAAAGCUAAUGAAAAUGGAACUCAAAAAUGUGAGGAACUAGAAAAAGAUAUUGAAAAGAUUUGUAAAAUUCUUACACCAACUAUUCUCAAAAAUCGUCUUUUUGAUAAAACAAAUAAACAUAGCGGAAUUAUUGGGUGGGGAGAGCUACCAACAUUUCUUAGUGAUGAGGACUGUGCAAGAUUAGAAUCUUAUUGUUUUUAUUAUAAAGAAAGAUGCCCAGAUGGCAAACAAUCCUGUAUGAAUGUGAGAGCAGCGUGUUAUAAGAGAGGACUUGAUGCACGGGCAAAUAAAGUGCUGCAAAAAAAUAUGCAUGGGUUAUUGCGUGGUUCAAAUCAAAGUUGGCUUAAGGAAUUUCAACGAAAAUUAAUAAAAGUGUGUAAAAAACUGAAAGAAGAAAAUAAAGGAAGUUUCUCAAACGAUGAAUUGUUUAUUUUGUGUGUACAGCCAGCAAAAGCAGCACGAUUACUUACACAUGACCAUCAAAUGAGGACUGUUUUCCUACGUAAACAAUUGGAUCAAAAGCGAGAUUUUCCAACAGACAAAGACUGCAAAGAAUUAGGGAGAAAAUGUCAAGAUUUAGGAAAGGAUUCAAAAGAAAUUACAUGGCCAUGUCAUACACUGGAGCAGCAAUGCAAUCGUUUAGGGACUACAGAAAUUUUAAAACAGGUUUUACUGGAUGAACAUAAGGAUACUUUGAAAGAUCAAAAAAGUUGUGUAAAAUAUUUGAAAGAAAAGUGUAAUAAAUGGUCUAGAAGAGGUGAUGACCGUUUUUCUCUUGUAUGUGUUUUUCUGGAAAGUACGUGUAAGCUGAUGGUAGAAGACGUACAAAAUAGAUGCAAAGUAUUCAAAGAAAAUACACAAGCAUCAAAUAUCACGGACGUUUUUGAAGAUAACACAAGAAUAGAAUCAUUAGCAAGUUUUUGUCCCUUUUGGAGUUCAUACUGUCAUAGAUUCGGACCUAAUUGCCCUGAUCUUAAAAAAGAGGCUACUUUUUGUACAAAGCUCGAAAAACAUUGUGAACCAUUUUACAAAAGAAAGGCCUUGGAAGACGCUCUCAAAGUAGAGCUUCGAGGAAAAUUAGGUGGUCAAGAUAAAUGUGAAUCUGCAUUAGAAAAAUAUUGCACAGUAGCAGGAAACGUAAAUAAUGCAUCAAUCAGAAGUUUAUGCAAAGAUAAUGCCGAAAGUAAAACUAAAAAGGCUGAUGAUAAAGAUAUUAGAAAGAAUCUUUGUCUAAAAUUAGUGGAAGAAGUGAAAGAACAAUGUAAAACAUUACCGGAAGAACUAAAACAACUGGAAAAAGACUUAGAAGACGACUUUAAAGUAUUUAAAGAACUUAAAGAACAAGCAAAAGAAGCAAUGAACAAGUCCAAUCUUGUUUUAUCAUUCGUUAAAAAAGAUGAAAAUAAUGCAUCGAAAAAUAGUAGCAAAAACAAGGAUAAGAAUACCGUUUCAAACGGACUUCAAGAUACCACAGAACCUGUGAAAAUACUACGGAGAGGAGUUAAGGAUGUAUCCGUAACAGAAUUAGAAGCUAAAGCAUUUGAUUUGGUAGCAGAAGUAUUUGGAAGAUAUGUAGACUUGAAAGAAAGAUGUAAUAAAUUGGAAUCAGAUUGCGGAAUUAAGGAGGAUUGCAAGGAUUUAGAAGGAGUAUGUGGAAAGAUACAAGGAGUAUGUUCGAAAUUAAAACCACUGAAAGUGAAGUCGCACGAAAUAGUCACAGAAAGUACAACAACGACCACAACGACCACAACAACCGUUACCGAUCCGAAGGCAACAGAAUGCAAAUCCUUACAGACAACAGACACAUGGGUUACACAGACAUCGACACACACAAGCACGUCUACCAUCACAUCUACGAUUACAUCAAAAAUAACACUCACAUCAACGAGGCGUUGCAAACCAACCAAGUGUACGACAGGGGAUGAUGCAGAGGACGUGAAGCCGAGUGAGGGAUUGAAGAUGAGUGGGUGGAGCGUGAUGAGGGGGGUGAUAUUAGCAAUGAUGAUUUCGUUCAUGAUUUAG